AAGAGAGCGAACGGGAGCAAAUGAUCAGUGACGCGUGGUCUUCAUGGAGUGAAUUCAAACAAAGCAAGUCGAAAUUAAAAUAAUUGCUAUCAGUCGGCGGAACGAAAAACGAAAAUGAAAGUGAAGGGCAAGAAAUUUUCACUGCACUUGAGUAAAAGUGCGCUGGAUUGUUCAAAUGCGGAACUACAGGAGGCGUUGCGACUCCAUCUGGGAAUGACGACAGGGAUCCUUCCAGUUGUUCCCCAAGAUCAGAUGCACCAGUUGAUCCUCAACCAACAACCCCAAACCCUGCUAUUGGGUCAACAAGUAGCAGCAAGAACGAACCCAUUCUGCGGAAUUCGACCUGGAUUCCAGUUUGAUGACCCGAAUCAAUCACAAACCGUGUCUCCAGCACCACCUGUUGGAACCAUUUACGGAUCUCUGGGACUCGAUCCCAUAAUGGCGGUGUCGAUAAUGAGCGGUAAUCAAAACAAUAAUGGACCGUCGUUCGUGGCCAAUAAGAGUCCUUUAUUGUCGUCAUCGUCAGCAGGCGUGUGCGAAGGGUUUUCGGAUUAUUUUUGCGAAGUUGACGGUGUCAGGAACGAGCUUUUAGCGGAAGCGGCGCAUAAUCAAGGAUUUCCUCUUCACAUCAUUCCGCCUGAACUGAUCUCACGAUAUGCUGGCAUAAAUACCGAUCCAACCCUGGUUCCCGCAAAUUUUGCCCCGUUUGCAGUAGCAGCUGCGAAACCCCAACCUGAGCAGCCGACAUCGUGGAUCAAAUCUUCGCCUCGGGCGUCAGAAAAUUCUCCGUUCGACAGUCGGAAGCAACAAGCGGAGAUCUUCAACUUGCAAAAGAUGUCGAAUCACUUGGCAGAGAUGGCUUACAGUCAGCAUGGCUCAAGAAUGAUCCAGCAACACCUGCAACGUUGCACACCUCUUGACAGAGAAGCCAUUUUCUCAGAAAUCUUGCCGGAAUCGGAGAAACUGAUGACUGAUGUUUUCGGCAACUACGUGAUCCAGAAACUCUUAGAAUUUGGUUCCCCAGACCAGCGAACAGUUCUUGCUGGAAAGGUCUUUACGCACCUUAAGCGGCUUCCCGCCACGAAACAAUUCAUCGUCGACGCAUUCCGGGGACAAGCAACGUUUCUCAGCAUGCAUCCCUACGGCUGCAGAGUGAUUCAAAGGAUCCUCGAACACUGUUCGUCCCGUCAAGUCCGACCAUUGGUGACAGAACUGUCCGUGGACCUGGACCGACUCGUCGUGGACCCCUUUGGCAACUACGUCGCCCAACACAUGCUCGAACACGGCAGCCUGGACGACAGAACCCGACUCGUCGCGUUUGCAAGGGGCAAACUUCUGAGUCUGUCUCAACACAAGUUUGCUUCGAACGUCAUGGAAAAGUGUAUCGAGUAUUCGACGGAUUUCGAGAGGAGCCAGUUCCUGGACGAAGUUUGUGGCUAUGCAUCAGACGUUGAUGACCCGAAGCAAAGUCCUCUUUACAUCAUGAUGCGAGACCAGUUUGCCAAUUACGUGUUGCAAAAAAUGCUGGACUUGACGGAAGCGGAAAAGCGAAAGACAAUUCUGAGCAGAAUCGCCCCUUACAUCAAUGACCUUAGAAAAGUGAAUCACGGGAAACAAAUUUUAGCUAAAUUAGAAAAAUAUUUAUCGGAAUCUGGAAUCCAGGAAAAUUUUCAAUCAUCACCCAAGUAA